AUGAAUAAUCAAAGCCCCAUCAAGAAUUUAACAGAUCCACUCAUUCCAAGCCCUUGGUGGCUCUUCUCUUCACAGCGGUAUCCCUUAACAUCCAGCACUGAAUGCACCCCUGGUCAUCGCCCUUGUGGCAUCCUCUGUAAAAAUCAGAAAUUUCAAAAGUGUGAGUAUGCAAAAACAAAGUUAUUUAAAACUGAAGGCCGAGGGUGGGGUCUUUUGGCUGAUGAGGACAUUAAGGCAGGACAGUUUGUCAUUAAAUACUGUGGAGAAGUAAUAUCAUGUAAAGAAGCCAAACGCAGAUCCCAUGCAUAUGAAACUCAAGGUCUUAAGGAUGCAUAUAUCAUAUCUCUUAAUGCGUCUGAAUCCAUCGAUGCAACUAGAAAGGGAAGCAUUGCCAGAUUUAUUAAUCAUUCCUGUCAACCAAAUUGUGAGACAAGAAAAUGGAAUGUCAUGGGCGAAAUAAGAGUUGGUAUAUCCGCAAGGCAUGAUAUUCCUAUUGGAAUUGAAUUGGCAUAUGACUAUAAUUUUGAAUGGUUUGGAGGUGCAAAGGUUCGCUGCCUCUGUGGUGCACUCAAAUGUUCUGGUUUCCUUGGAGCAGAAUCUCGUGGUUUUCAAGAGGAUACUUAUCUAUGGGAAGAUGAUGAUGACAGAUACUCAAUUGGGAAAAUUCCUUUACAUGACUCUGCCGGAAGAACAAUCGUGAACCUAAAAAAAAUACCCAAAACAAUCAAUACCAUAACAGAUUAA